GCCUCGCGGGCUGAUUGGAGGGACGGCGGGGAAGGGGAAGGCCGCUGUGGGGUCGGGGGUGUCAGAGAUGGCGGCUGCGAGCCGGGAGAAGGAGCUGGAAAGAGAGAGGCUAAAGGAGACAGUUAGGCUCCGCCUGCAGGAGUUGGAUGUUGGAGACAAGUUCUCCCACUUGCCGCUGCGUAAAGCCUCUGUGCUCCUGCCGCUGACGAUCAGGGCGGGGAAGCUGCACUUACUGCUCACCGUCAGGUCGAUGCAGCUGAGAAGAUCCCCAGGGGAAGUGUGUUUUCCAGGAGGUAAAAGUGAAGCAGCUGAUAAAGAUGAAAUUGAUACAGCUCUCCGAGAAGCUCAAGAAGAAGUGGGACUUGAGCCAGAGAAGGUAGAAGUCAUCUGUAGGCUCGUGCCUGGAAUUGAUAAAAUGAAUCACUUGGUAACACCAGUUGUAGGGUUUAUAGAGCAUACAUUCCAGGCCACUCCUAAUCCAGAUGAAGUGAGUGAUGUUUUUGUCGUGCCGCUGGAGUACUUCAUCGAGCCCUUAAAUCACAAGACCUUGCCUUAUAAAAGCUCAUCUGGUUCCUUAGGUUGGAUGCACUGCUUUAUGUAUGAGGACCAGGAACAUAAAAGGUCAUACAAGAUAUGGGGACUCACUGCACACUUUGCUGUAUUUCUUGCUCUUGUAAUUUUUGGAAAGAGACCUACUUUUGAAGUUGAUUAUGAUCUUGACAACUUAAUUUCAUCUGCUGAGAAGAACUUCAUGAAUUUAUAUGCAUCCUUAUCUGAAAGAAAGAAAAGUAAUCUAUGACAACCUGGUCUGGCAAUAAAUUUAUAUUGAAGGAGGAAAGUGUUUUGUGUAUCCCCUUUGAUCUUAUCAUUUGUUUGGGUUUUGCACUUGAAUUUCUUCUCAGUUGGGAACUCACUAAAGUUUGUUUUUUAAAUAAUAUUUUUAAGUUGACCUGCCCUAACUAGAGUCAUAAAAAUUCUAAUCUGUUUGCCAAAAGCACGUGGUACUUUUGAUGGACUUUAAUGGAUAGCUUUGGAGGGUCUGUUUCAGUUUCUGCCUUUGUUCUAUGUGAUCUAAGACACUUUGGUGGUUUACCUUCUGUAUAAUGAGAUCAUACUAUUUUAUCUACUGUUUAUGUUUGAAUUGGAAGAUAAAAUCUUCGGGGGUCUGUCACUGUGUGGCAUACUAGAUACAGAUGGCAAUGCAUAUGGUCUUGGCAGUAUCCUGAAGCACUUCAGAAAUGCACAAUAAAAGUACAAAAGGUGGUGAGUGCC